AUGGUUUGCAAAGUCGAAGUGAUGAUGUGUAAUUUUGUGUUUGUUGGAUUGAUGUUCUGCGAAAAAUAGUGAAUAUUCAGUGUUAAAGCGAAUAUGUUGGUAUCGUUGUGAUAGGAAAUAGUUGAAGAUAGUUACAGGAAAAUAAUGUCCGGACAGGAACCGGGCGGAGGUCCGCCUUCGGCGGUAGAUCCCGGUGGGUCAUCCGGAAGGGUGACACCCGACUUGAGCAGCUUGCAGGAGAGUUUUAACCAACAGCAGGCCAAAAUAACGGCCCUGCGAGAGCUGGUACGUCAAACCGAGUUUGCUCAUGGUAAGAAGACAGCAUCGGCACAGGAGAAGGUAAAGAACAUUGCCCAACGGCUGACGCAGUACAAAACCAAGGCGACUAAGUCGCGACUGAGCCGAGCAUCAAGCUCAGAAGUGCAGAUGGAUUUGAUGGGAACCCGAAUCAACGAAGAGGACAGUAGCUUCGAUUUGUCGGGGAUAGACUAUGAAGAACAGCAGCAUAUGUCGCUGCCGGUUUUGCCGAUGAUGGCCACACGCGGUCGUUCCGAGACACCAGGAAGUGAAAAAAUUACCCUCUUGCGGCAACAGAUGGAGCAGAACCGGCUGAAGAUGGCCGAACGCGAGAGUCACAAGCGUGAGAUGGAGGAAAAGGUUAGUGAAUUGAAACAUAAGCUGGAGAGUACCCAGCAAACGCUCGAGCGGUCCGUGGAAUUCGGUCGUUCAACAGGCGAUUUGACGCUUCUGACGCCGAUGAAGAUGGGACGUUUUGACUUUAACAAAUCUACUUCAGAUUUGACUCAGCUGGCCGGUACUGGCUAUGGAUCAGGUUCGAAUUUCGACGUUGAACGGUUGAAGUAUUUGGAAGGGAGGGUUAAAGUUCUUGAGCAACAGUUGGCCAAUAAAGAAAACAUUCCGGUAAAAGAUGAACUGAUGAAGGAUAUGGAAAGAAAGAUCUUAGAUCUUGAGGAAGCUUUGAAAGAGAAAGAAUGCAUUAUCGAAGCUCGGACGCAGGCAGUUUCAUUGAUGUCGGAAAAUCUGUCCCUAAAGGGGAAGAAUACGGUCGAUCUGCUGGAAGACACCAAACAGGAGAUGUACCGAAUGCAGUCCAAUUUCGUUCAAGCCGAAUCUAAUUUGAAAGCAGAGUUGAGUCGUCUCCAGCUCGAGCUAGAUGAAAGAAAUAGCAAAAUAUCUAACCUGGAGGAGAUGAACAACAUUUUGGAAACCGCCCGUUACGAUCUUACGGUUGAAAACUCCAGCUUAACACAGAAACUUGAAGACGUACAGGACUUCAGUACCAAAAUCAGCGAACUCAACAAGGUAAAUCAAAGCUUACAGCAUAGAAUCGUCGAGUUGGAAAGCCAGAAAUACGAAUUUAUUACCGACGCCGAGGUGGAGCAGGCUAAAUUCGGCGAAACCGACGAAAAGUACCGCGAGUUGCUCGAUCGUAUUCAAGAAUUGGAGGAAGAACUAGCCAGAAAGGCAACUCCCGAAGAUGAUUUACUGGAGAAAAUUCGUUCCUUAGAGGCAACCAUCGAAGCUCAAGCGCAGCAAAUCGAAUCCUUCACGCAGCAGCAAAGCGAGCUGCAAGAAAACCUCCAGGAAAAGACCGUCGAGCUGAACGUUCUCACCGCUAACUUCUCCGUCCUUCAGGAAAAACUUAAAACGGCCGGUCCCAAGCCACUGUUCCCGAAAACGGCCGACGAGGAAGCCGAAGGAGAAAUAAACAAACUAAAACACCAACUGGACGAGGCCAACAAAGCCAGCAUCAAAUCGAAGCUCAAAAUUAAACAACUUCAAAAACAGGUCGAUUCUUUCAAGAAAACAUCCAGCGUGCACGAAGAGGUGGUUCGGCUAACCGACGAAGUUCAAAACCUGACCCAGCGUCUGGCAGAGGUCGAGGAAGAGAAGGGUAACCUCCAACUGCACCUGGUUAACUACGAUGGUUCCCUGCCGGAUUCGGAGUUGGAGAAACGAAUCAAAAUCCUGGAAGCGACCUGUCAGAAUCAAACCACCGCCAUUCAGUUGCUGGAAGAACAGAAACUGGACCUGUCGGAAGAUUUGAACAGCAGCCGGCACCAGCUGGCCGCGAUUCGGGACCAGGUUAAGGGAGACGAACAGUCCGGACGCAUUUCGUGCCAGAUGUCAUCGAUCGAUUUGGAGGAAAAGCUGGAACGUUGUGUUAGCGAGCGGGACCAGCUGGCCGGCCAGCUUCAGCGUCUGGAGCAGGAGAAACUGCAACUGCAGCAAAAGCUGGAUCGCUACAUGGUGGAAAAUAUCGAACUGUUGGAUAAGAUCGAAAAGCUUAGCCUGGAGAAGGUUAGUUCGGCCGAAUCGAUCGAGAUCGUGGAAGGGCUUACGCCGAAGGAGAAGCAGGAGAUCGAGUGUUACGAAGCGGCCGCGGCGGCGGCAGCAGCCGGACGUGCGGACGAACGAAGCGAGUCGGACGAGAAGGACGACACCGGGUCGGAUGAAACCGAUAAAUCCCAUCCACGUGUUGAGGGCGACGAUGAACAGCAGCGGCGAAUCGCUGGCAGCGGCGGUGACGACGACGACGACCAGCCGGUGGAAGACGAAGAAGAUCUAAACGCUAGCUUGGUGAAGCUACGGGAGGAAAGUUCCGAGCUGAUGCACCGCAUCGAACUGUUUACCAACGAACGGCGGGAGGUACUGGGUAAGCUAGAAGCAAUCACAAUCGAAAACCAGGCUCACCAGGAGGAGCUGGAAGUGUUGCGUCGGGAGGUUCGACAGUUGAAAGAACAACUGGCGGAGAUGGAAGGCGAGAAGGUUACGCUGGUGGGUGAGUUGGAUGGGUUGAAGCGCUUGUGCGCUUCGAAACUUGCGGAGGAAGAGGUUAGUGAGACUAGUUCCAGUCAGGGAACGCCGGUUCGGGCGGGUGCCCCGCCCGUAACCGCAGUGACAAUCGAUCGGGAAUCGUACGAACAGGCACUGCGUUCGGUGGACAAUGAGGUGACUAAUUUUAACCGAAACAAGGAUAAGAAUAAGAAACUUCAGAUUUCGAAGAAGCUUGCCUCGGAUGCGAAGAAUUUGCAGAAAGUGGCUGCCACUUUGCUGGGGGAGUACUGCCGAAGUGUGGAGGAGUGCGAAGCGAUGAAGGCGGAGAUUGAGCUGAUGAAGGAGAAGGUUGGUGCCCUGCCGCCGCCAGUGGCGGCCAGUGAGGGCGAGGUGUCCGCGCUGAAGGCGCAAAUUUUGGAGAUUACUAAUGCGCACAUUGAGAAGGUGGAUCAAAUCGACCAGCUGCGGCGGGAGGUGGAGAGGAAAAACGAGAUGCUGGCUGAGCUGAAGCGUGCCAUGGAAGUGUCGAGGGAUGCGGAGAAGUCCUCGGAUGAAGAGCCGGAACUGUUGAAGAUUGAGUUGAACAGUAAGGUGGAUGAGAUUCGGGAGUUGAAGAAGGAGCUGGAAGCGUUGGCGAGUAAAACGGGUGGUGAUAUUGAGGAGUUGAAACUGAUGAUUGUGUCCGCGAAUAAGGAGUCGGCGAUUUUGAGGGAGCUGGUGGCUGAACAGAAGCAGCAGUUGAUUGAUUCGUAUCAGGAGAACGAGAAACAGAUGGCUGAUAAGUUGGAGGAGAUUCAAAACUAUGACGAGCGAGUGGACCGGAUGAAGAAGGAGCAGCAGCAGCUGCAGUUGUUUGCAAGUAAUCAGAAGGAGGAUAUUGCUGCUAAGCAGGAGACUAUCGACACACUGAACAACCAAAUCAUUGAACUGUACAAAUCGAUGGAGGAGAAUGCCAAUAAAAUCAUCGAGAAGGACGAUGAGGUUCAGUAUUUGCAGGAACUGCUGGAAUGCAAGAAGGAUGAAAUUCAAAUGUUGCAGGAGAAAUUAACCGAUAAAGAUAAUUCGUUGGAAAAGGUUCACCAGCUGCUGGCGGAAGCUAAAGCUCAUCCCGUGGUGGAUGAGACUCGCGUCAGAGAGUUUGAAGCACGGAACCAGGAGUUGGACGCCAAAAAUAAGGAGCUGAUGGAUAAACUGAAAAAAUUUGCUGCCAAUUUGAAAAAGAAGAACGUUCAGUGCCAGCAGUUGGAGGAGAAACUGGCGGAAAGUCAGCAACAGAUGGAGGAGCUACGCAGUGCUCCGACCUGCGAGGAGGAACUGAGGGCGGAAAAUGAAGAAUUGGCACAAAAAAUGCACCACCUGAACAAUGAGCUGCAUAAGUUGCUUCAGCAGAAGUACUCGCUGGAAUCGGAGAAGCAAGCGAUUCAGCAUGAGCUUGUGGAGCUGCAGGAGCGCGGUCGGUUGGCUGAGUUGAAGGUGCAGGAAGUGGAACAGAAACUGGCGCAGGCUAGUCAAGAGCUGGCGGAUCGCCAGGCGGAGCUCGGUACGUUGCAGGAAGAUGCUUCCUCGAAGAGCGUUAAGAUAGAGAAGUGUAAAGCCAUCAUUAAGGAGAAAAACAAGGAGAUCCAGCGGCUGCAGGAGUACGAACGGAAGAAGGCCUACCUGGAGGAUGAGCUGCGUAUGUCUCAGAGCAAGCUGGAGGAUUUCCACAAUCAGACGCUGCUUCUGGGUAAGUUAAAAGCUGACAAAGAAGAGAUGAAUGGGGCUUUGAAGGCGGAAGCAGAUCGAGUUAAAGAGUUGGAACAGGAGUUGUCCAUGGCAGCUGAACGUGUGCGCAAGCUGGAGGUGGAUUUGGAACUAGCCGAUGAGGAGAAUAGGAAACUGAAAAGUCAGAUCGUUCGGUUGGAGGAAGGGUUAUCGCUGGUUGAGCAACGGAGAAAUUCGCUGGAGCGACAGAAGAAGCUGUUGGGCGAAGAACUAUCGGAAAAAGCGCAGGAAUACAGUCAGCAUGAAGACGAACUGAUGCAGAGACUGGCAAAUCUCUCGCAGCAUGACGAAGCGAUUGAAGCUAAGCUUAGAGAGAAAGAGGAAAAGUACGGUGAGCUUAGUGGAAGGCUGGAGAACGCUGGACUUAUGGUGUGUCAGCUGGAAGAGAAGGUGCAGCAAUUGGAAAAGCAGGUGGGCGGUCAAGAGGAAGCCUUCCGAAGGACCACCGAGCUGGAGAAUGAAAAUUAUAACCUCAAUCAGCAGAUUACGGGUCUUCAGGCGGAGUUGAAGCGAGCUGUGGCCGAUGCAGAGAGGAAAGUCACUGAGAAGGACACCGAAAUCGAUCAGUUGGAGGUUGAGUUGACUAAUCAGUUGACGCGAAUCGAAAACGAAAGGAAACAGUUGCAGGAAAAUCUGGAACGGUCGACCGAUCGUAACGCCGAUCUGCAGGAUGAGAUUGUGCGGCUUCAGGAGAGUGUUAAUUCUUUGGAGCAGAGCCGGUCGGAUUUGGAGAAGGAGGUCACCUGGCUGAAGAUGCAGAACGAAAGCCACCAACAGGACGGAGCCGAACUGCAGGAGCUACGGAUGCAGAUCGUACAGGAUCAGACCGAGCUGGAGAAUCUGCGGUCGCAGAGUGAGAGUAUGGCGCAGAACCAUCAGUGUGAGAUCAACGCGCUGCGGCAGCAGAUUGCCGAUAUGGAAGCCAUUCGAACGCAGCUGAGUCAGAAUCAAACCGACGAUCAGGUGUUUGUGCAGAAUGAAAUUAUUAAACUGAAGGAUUUACUGGAGCAAAAGGAGGAGUUGAUAGCGACGCUGCAGAUGCAGAAUUCACGCAUGGAGAUGCUUAGCAGUGCGGUGAACAAUCCUUUCUCCGGUUUGCAAGGUCCGUCCACCAGCGCUCUGGAGGAGAAGAUUCGGGACUUGGAAAAUGAUGCGCUGUGGAAGGAUUCCCGGAUAGAGGAGCUUAAAAUUGAGAAGGAUUUAGCGGAGGGUAGCUUGGAGGAGUUGCGGAAGCAGUUGCAGAUGCUCGAACGGAGACUGGAGCGAGACGAAGCGGCUGAGGCACAACUGGUCGAGAAGGGAUCUCAACUGGAGGCCAUGAGUAAGCAGUUGUUCCAAACGGUAACUCAUGCGAAGCAACAGCCACAACAACCGGCGGUUGUUUCCACCUCGCAGUUCUUUUCGUCCCCUUCGCAAUCCAGCGCUGCAUCGUUGUUUGAUUCUGUGGCGGAAAGUUGGGGUUGGAAUGAACCGUCGGCCGUUCAACAGAGUCAGGCACCCGCUGAGGCGUCGGCUCUGGGUUCGGGAGAAACGGAAACUCAGAAGCUUCUAGAGGAAAUAGCUCAGCUAAAGUCGCAGAAUGAAGCGGCACGCAAUGAAAUCAAGCAGUUGCAGACGCAGAUUAGUGCAUUUGUUGAUCGGGAUGAUGAGUUCCAUCAGUUGAAGGAUGAAGUUGAUAUUUUGCGAGCGCAGAACUCAUCUUUCAGUUAUGAAUUGGAGGAAAAGACUUCUAGAAUCCAUGGUAUUUGCCAGCAGUUGCAGGAGGAACAGAUGAAGAACUGCUCGCUGGAGGAGCAACUGAAGAAUCAAGAAACCCCAGCUGCCGUUUCCACGGCAGCAUCCUUCUUCACCGACUCGCCUGGUCAGGCGCCGGUAUUUGAGGAAAUUGUCGUUCCGAAGAAGGCAUACCUUUGCACUCCGAGUCAUUCCGAGGAUCGCACCGAGGGUUGGGCGGUAGAAGAACCUAUGCUGAUGGCAUUAACUUCAUCGUCUCAAGAGGCCGUUCCAACAGCAGGUUCAGCACACGACCAAUGCUUAGAAAAACAAAUUAAAGACCAGCAACAGGAGAUCGAACAACUGAACGCUCGUCUGGACGAGCAACAUCAGCAGAACAGCACCCUCCACGAUCAGCUAAACCAGCAGAAGGAAUCAACGGAAAAGUCCCUGGAAGCUCUACGAGCUCAGCAACAGCAACACCUGGACACCAUCCUAUCGGAGAAACAAUCCGAACUGGACCAGUUCCGCUCGCAGAGCCAACUGGAGCAUAAACAGCUGAAGGAGGAACUGAACCGUCUCCAGCAGGAUCGGGAUGCCUACCUGCAGCUGCAGGACGAGCUGGAAAUAGUGAAAGCCAACAACGCCUCGCUACUGGAUGAAAUUCGGGAAAAAUCCGAAAAGCUGACACGAGUUUGUCACACCCUAACGGAAGCGCAAACUCAGUUGGCAACACUGGAGGAACAGCAAGCCGAACGGGAGCACCAGCCGGUUACGGCGGCCAGCUUGUUCGGUACCGACGCCGGACCGGGCCAGGGGCAGGAGCUUGCCUUCGAAGAAAUUAUCAAGCCCAAGAAAGCGUACGAAGUACAACCGGCGGUUUCCGUGGAAUUGGCGGCGGAGGAUGACUGCUGGGGUACGGAGGAAGCCAUGCUGGAAGCACGCCAUCAGCAGGCCAGCGAGAAGGACGAUUACAUCCGGCAGCUGGAGCUGGAGAAGGAGCGACUGCAGCAGGAAACCGUCGAACUGAAGGUGAAAUCGGGCAAACUGUUGAAGAAACUGAAAGAGUACAAGGUUCGCUGUGAAAGCUUGGAACGGCGAUCCGCCUCGGUUGAAACCAGCGAGUUGGACUUGGCCAUCCAGGAGGAGUUGAAUGGACAGAUUCGCGCGUUGGAGGGUAGGUUGAGUGAGUUGCAGAGUGAGCGUGAAAAAAGUGUAGCGGAGAAGGAAUCGCUGCUGAAAAGAGUGGACGUGCUGGUGGCGGCCAACGAGCGGUUUACCGAGAUGAAGGAACGUCAGGAUGUGCAGAUCGAAGUGCAGCAUGGGAAAAUUAAAGAGUUGAAUGCCAAGCUGCAGCAGCUGGAGGAUUGGAGUGAAAGCAGCGAGCAGAAAGAGAGUAAGCCUGCCGGUGAAGGGUGCUUCGGAGAGGAUGUUAGUCAAUUAAAGAGUAGAAUAGAGGAGUUGACGAGGGAAGCACAGGAUUUGCGGGUGGACAAUGAAGAACUACAAGCCCUGCUGGAGGAGGAAAAAGCAAACGUCGGCAUACUGGAGAAACGAGUUCAGCAGAAGGACGGAGAAAUUCAGCUGCUGAUGGAGCAAAUAGACGCUCUAUCGCAGGACUCGCAAGCCAUCAAAUCCAACUUGGAGAGCUUGAACCAGCAAAAAUCACAGGAAACCACGGACCUUAGCCAACGGUUGAACGAUCUGAUGAGCAAAAACACGGAUCUAACGCAUCAGAUUGAAAAAAUGCGCACCGAAAGCUUGUUCCAUUCGUCCGAAGAGGAGAUCAAGCUGCAGGAACAAGUGCAUCAACUGAGCGCACAGUUACAGUACAAGCAGGCGGAAAUAGUUCACCUGAACGAGCAGAUCGAGCAGCAAGCGCGGGAGGAUCAAACCGAAUCGCUGGUGCAGGAAAUUAUCACUAAAAACAAAGAAAUUUCGUCGCUGAGAUCGCGCAUUCAGCAGUUAGAAGCCGAUCGGAAAGAAAUGGAACAUAACCUAACGCUUCAGAUAACGCAAGAAAUGGCUGCCACUCGCUCGGAGGACAAAGCCCAACCUCGCGUAGCCGAACUGGAACAAACCAAUCGGGAACUCCUAGACGAAAAGCAUCAGAUGGAGCAGGAACUCCAGGUGUUGAACGAUCAAGUACUGCGCAGUUUAGAGCUGGAAGAUCGCAUGAAAGGAACAGUCCUUGAACUUGACGCUAAAAACAUCGAAAUCGAGGCCCUCAAAUCCUCGUUGGAACAACUAAAGCAGGCUCAAUCUCAGCCCAGCCCAACCGCAGCCGAGGACGACCUCCGACAGCGAAUCGACGCCUUGCUCAAAGAACGAACCGACCAGGAGGCCAACUACCGCAUCGCCCUCGAACAGCGAGACGCCCAUUGGGCUCAGGUGGUGGAGGAACGUGGCGCACAGGUCGCGGAAAGUUGGAAGCAGCACGUUGACAUGCGCGAAACCGAGUUCUCUCUGGUCGAGAGGAGCCUCCGCGAAGAGAUUGAUCGGUUACAAGCUACGGAAGCUGCUGAACAGCGUCCGGUCGAAGGCGAACAAACGAUCGGCGAUUCCCCGAUCGUCCAACAGAUGAAGGAAGCCCUCGAAAACCAGGAGCUGGAGAUUGUUACCCUCAAAGAGCAGCUGGCGAUUCGUAGUGCGGAAUAUGCACGACUCGCCGCCCAGGUUGAUCCGUUCGCGGUGAAACAUGCAAGCAAUAUGGUUACCAGCGAACCUCGAUCUCAACCGACUGACGAAGAUAAAGUUCCUCGAUCCGAGCUGGAGCUGGCACUGUACGUCAUCUACCAGCGGGACAUGCGCUGUGACGAGCUCGAGCUGGAGUUACGCAAUCUGCUGGAAGAACGCGACGCCCUGCAGCUGCGGCUGUCCAAUGCCCUCCGCCAGCAGGAGGAGUUCAAGCGGAAACUCACCGCACCGCCGGAAGAAGCAUCGGGUGAUUCCAGCGACGUCAGCAAGACGACCACCCCGGAAAAGUCGCUUCAGCAAAUCGUACAGGAAUCGGGCAUCAGUGCGGCCGGUUCGUCGUCCGAGGCGUCAUCCGUCGUGCUGACCAACAAACUGUCGGAGCUGCAUUCCAUCGGUCACGCCAAAGACAAGCGGUUGCAGGAGGAGCGCGAACAGCGCAACCGUCAGCUGACGCUGAUCCAGCGCGAUGUGGCCAACAUGCCGCUGGAGGCGGCCGCCAAAAUUGCCGGAACCAAAAUCACUCAAACCGAAUCAUCCACGCAACAGCAACAGAGCGCCUCCUCCGUGCUGAUCAAUUGGAUCCUUGGUAAAAAGUCCGAUACUUAACCUAUCCGGGAUUCCGUAUCAGCGGUAUCAACGCACUGUGUUAUCUGAUAAAAAAAAGAAAAGCUUUUAUUACGCGACCAUGCACGCAACGCCAACUGGCCGGUGGUCAUCCUCCUCCGGUAUGCAUGCGUAGCGUGUGCAUUGCAUGAUAGUUAACUAGUUUAUUGUGUCUGUCUGUGGUAAAUAGCUAGCGACGCCAGGCAAGGAAUCAGUUGAGCUGGUAAAUUUUAGCGAACGAACCUCCACAAACCGUAUGUUACACUUCGUCAACGCAACGUAUCCCCCCCGUAUCCGUAUGUACGUACCAUAAACAGAGCGACCGACUUUUGCCGAUCGAUCGAUCGACCGACCCCCUUCGUCUUUUUUUUCCUGCAGUUUCUGUUAGUGACUUUUUUUCCUGUCCGGUAAGAACUGACACACUGACAGGCUGCCCGCCCGAGCACCCAUAAAAACAUCAUUUUAUCUAAUUCCAUUCACCGCACUCGCCCCGAUCCUCGUGACUUUAGUUUGCUUUGGCUCUCGCCAUGCCACACCAAGUUUAGGGGAUCGGCGUUUGCUGAGUUAUUCCAAAAUCUAGAAACCCGGCGGCAGCAGCAAAAGGGAUUUGUUACUACUAUCAUUGUUGGGGGAAAAAACUUAGGAGAAAACUAAUACCGUACUGUUUCUUAACUCUCUCUUCCUGUUCAGUUCAAAUUUUGUUUGUUUUGUAAUCACACAUCAGCCGUUCAGAAGUUGAGUUGUACAUGUACAUAGUGCCUCACUUUGUGAUUUUCGUUCAAAUUUUUAUAAUUAUGUAUGUUUAACAGAGUGUAAUAUAUAGUUUCCGUUGGUUAACAGUAAUAAAAUGUGUAUACCUAAA